GUUCAACGCUUGGUUGCCUAUAUUGACACCAUAACACCAGAAAAUUGUGCUUCCAAACUUCCUGCUGAACUUCAAAUGCCCUCAGGUGUCAGCUACGGAGCUGAGGUUCAAUUUGAAAUGGAAGGACGUAUUGCUCUCCGAUUGGCACACUUUCUUUCUGCCUACUAUCAGAAUAACAUAGUUGGCGAGCUCUACGGAAACCUUAAAUCGGGUGCUCCAUUGAACCGUUUCGAGUUAUUUGGCGAAGUCUAUGCCAAUGUACUUUCAAGCUUCCAAAUUGUCUCUUCAGGAAUAUUCUUCGAUAAUCAAGCUUUUAUUGAUCAUGAAGGCACAACAUGGGACCUCUUUGCCCCCUUCGCUUACAAGCCAACUAUGGCUAACCAAGUUGCGGAGGCAAUAGAUAUGAGCGCUCAUGGUUACAGAAACUACACUGAACAGUCGUGGUUUAGAAUACUGAAGGAACGCUGGGCGUCAAGUCGUCAAGGGCUUGAAAGGAUAACCACGAAGCCUUUCAUUCGAAGUAACAUAAAUGGAACACAAGUUCAGAGAUAUUUCAAUUUCCCCCUAUUUUAUCGGGUGCCGAAAUACGAAGAUGGCCAUUGGACUGAACCGUAUUAUGUAUGCGAGGGAUUUUUCAAUGGAUGGGUAAUUACCUAUGCAACCCCAUUUUUCGGCUAUUUGGACAAUCGUAAAACACUCGAUUUCAUGGGUGUAGUGACAAUAUCAGUGGAUCUUCAUCAGUUGGAUAUCAAUCAAUGCCCCCAAUCCUUCUAUACACCGAAUUUCUUCAAGAAUACCGCGAGGUGUGACUUCCAAAAUACUUAUAGCUUCUGUCUAUAUCGUUAA